AUGGCAGCUGCUGAGGAUCCGAAAGCUCGGGAAGGCACCGUGGAAGAGCUGGAAGGAGGCAUCAAUGAGAAAUCCCCAAGCCACGAUGAGACAAGCAAUGAGUACCAGCUGGCCGGCAGCGCCAGAGAGCGGGCUCUGGUGUGGAAACAGGACCUGCGCAUUGUGCCCCUUGUCUGCGGCCAUCUACCUUCUCUGCUACCUGGAUCGGUCGAAUAUCGGAUCGCUCUCAUGGUUUUUCUGAUCGCCUAUGCACUCUUUGAAGUCCCUUCAAACUAUCUGUUGAAAAAAUUGAGGCCCAGCCGAUGGAUCGCCUUUCUGAUGCUCUCGUGGGGAGCCAUCACGAUGGGACUAGGCGGCGCACACAACUAUGCCCAGGUCACGGGGAUCCGGUUCCUUUUGGGGGUCGUCGAGGCUGGUCUCUUCCCUGGUCUGGUCUUUUAUCUGACUUUCUGGUAUCGGACCUCGGAGCGGUCGAUUCGGGUUGCAUUGAUCCUCGCGUCUGCCACUCUGGCAGGGGCCUUUGGCGGUGCUAUCGCCUACGGGGUGGGACAUAUGAACGAGGUCUACUUUGGAAUUUCCACACCAUUUUCUAGCCUUUCUCUCUUCACUCCGUCGAUUACUGCCGGAUUAGGAUAUUCGGAUCUGCGAGCGCAACUCAUGACUGUGCCGCCAUAUGCUGUCGCCUAUGUUGUGACGGUAGCAGUGUCAUGGUCUGCAGAUCAUUUUAACGCUCGUGGCCUUCACUCUGCCGCAUUCUCCUUGAUCGGGGCUAUGGGCUUUCUUGCUUCGGCCGUAUUACCGGCCGAUGCCUAUCUGCACCGCUACGGCUGUCUAAUCGUCGCAUGCAGCGGGUCAUUCGCCUGCAUCCCACCGCUCCUAGGCUGGCUCUCUUCCAACCUGCAGACUACCGCGGCAGCCGGACUCGCGAUCGCGCUGAACGUCUCGUUCGGGGCCCCGGGUCAGAUCGUCGGGGUGUGGAUCUACAAGGCGAACGAGGCGGAGAAGGGCUAUCCGACAGGGCACUGGACCAACGCUGGAUUGCUCCUUUUCGUCUGUGCGGGGUGCAUCGUCUUGCGCGUGUAUUAUGCGUGGAUGAAUCGGAGACGGGCGGGGUUGGCUGAUGUCAAGCCGUAUGCAUAUUAA